AUACGGAUGCAACAAAUCAGAAAAUAAAAGAAUUGGAAGAAAAACUAGCGAUGCUUCAGACAUCUAAGGAAGCUCCCUUAUACUUUCAGUACUAUACUGAUUCACAAGUUCAUUGUGUUAGUUCUGGCGCUUGGGAGGACUUUAUUCAACUGCAUGACCAUUUAAAAAAAUGCUUCAAUAUCGAAGGUCUAUUGAAAGAUUAUGAGUUUAUUAUUGGUGAUGAAAAAAUGAAUUUUGGCUGGACAAAAUCGCAAUUUAUUGACUUCCUUAAACAACAGAAAUGUUCGAUUGAUAAUCCAGUCCGGAUAUCUGAUGUAAAAAAAG